AUGGCCUCCGUUGAACCAAUAUUGAUCCCAAAGUCCGAAGAGUCAGAAUGGUACCAACAAAUUAGUAUGAUCUUUUAUUCACAACUCGACACCAAACUUGAAAACCCUUCUGCUUCCAUCUUUUUAAUACCUGAAAACAUAAUCAAACAAAAGCCUGGAGCCUAUGAACCACAACAGAUAGGGUUGGGGCCAAAAUAUCAUUUUCAGCCAUGGCCUUAUAAGAAGAUGGAACAAAGAAAACUUACUGCUGCAAAAAGGCUACUACAGGACUGGAAAGGCUAUAAAUUUCAUCAACAGAUCAUUCAAAAGUUAUACGGCCUUAUUCCAACCAUCCGAGCAUGCUACGAGACAUUCCUCCAAGAUGAUAACUUUUAUUUGGCCUGGAUUUUGGCCAUUGAUGGUCUCUUCUUGCUUUAUCAUUUCCAUACCUACAACAAUGGUGUGGACUAUGAUCAUGAGGAAAGAAAUGAACUAGAAGAGAAGAAGAAUGAAUCACAUGAACAUAUAAUAUCUUUGGAAGUUGAUCCGACAAGAAGAUUGUUCGCACAGGAUCUAAUGAUGGUCGAAAACCAAAUCCCUUUUAUGGUGUUGCAGGAACUUGAUAAGGCUUUGCAUCCAUCUUCAGACCACCUGCUUCAUUAUAUGUAUUGUUCGAUUGUGAUCAAUAUCCCUGAAAAGGCUAAUCAGAUGCCUCACAAAAAACCAACCUUUGUUUAUCGCAUGGGGGAAGCAGGUGCCUGGCAUUCUAAAGAGGAAAAGGGCGUCUUACUUCCUUCUGGAGAACCACUUAUCGAUACUUCUUUAGGAAAACUGAAUAUCCCCAUUGUUAACUUCGUACAAAAAAUUCCUUGGGAAAAGGUCUUUCCAUUAUACGAAAAAACCGUGACAUCACUAGAAACCUUCUCUCAUGAUAAAACUGAAAUCCCUUCAGUUUCUAAACUACAUGGAGCUGGAUUCAAGUUUCACCUCUUACCAAAAGACGAAGGCUUUUGGAAAAUAGAUAGUAAAGGGAAGGAUAUUUCCCUUCCUUGUAUUACUUUGCAUACGGACUCAGAGGUUAUAUUAAGAAAUUUAGUUGCGUACGAAAUGAUAAAGGCCAAUUCCGAUAGCUUCCCACUUACUGAAUACGUGGGGUUGAUGUGUGGGCUUAUCACGAAUGUAAAUGAUGUCAAGCUUCUUAAAAGACAGAAAAUUAUCGGUGGUGACUUGCGUGAGGAUGAAGUUGCUAAAUUCUUCAUUGGGAUGAGUACUUCUACACAGACUGUGAAAACCAGAAAGAAAUCCGUGUUGCAAGAAAAGAUAGUCGAAGUUAACAGAGUUUAUGAAAGUAGGCGGAGGAUGUUGUACGUGCUUAUGAGGAAGGUAUCAUAUUGGUUGCUGCUGGUUUUAAGAGCUAUUAGCAUUUUUGCAGGAGCUUCGUUGAAGAUUUUAGCUUUCAUCAUCAGCCUUGCAACAGUGUUCCUGUUAACAUCACAAGCUUAUUGCGAGGCUUAUGGCUGCGCUAAAACAAAGGUCUCGUUGUUGACGCUCAGUACUUGA